AAGCUGAAGCCCACCCCCCGCCCUUCCUGCACGACGGGCAGAGUAAAACCAAGUGCCAGCCCGGAGAUGCGCGACAGACCCAGCAGCCACGGAGCACGGAGCAAGAGAAAAUGUUAACAGGAGCCUAUAAUUAAUUUUCUUUUGUUUCUGUUCGAGAAAAAAACCAAAAAAAAAAAAACUAUUCUACAUGCUGCCCGUAUGGAAAACGUUUUUGUAUCCGGACGCAAGGAGAGGCUCGCCUAAAGAUCAUUAAAACACAGAUUGCACCAAAUCAGUUCAGGUUUUUAUCUGUGUGGAGUAAAAUUACUCCCCUGACGAGUGUGGACUAAUGAUGGCUUUAAUGGUUCACCUGAAGACGGUCGCUCACCUUCGGGGAAAAGGUGACAGGAUCGCCAAAGUUACAUUCAGAGGUCUGUCUUUCUACAGCCGGGUUGCAGAGAACUGUGAGGAGGUGGCACACUUUAAUGAGACAUUUCGAUGGCCCAUUGCCAGCAGGUUGGAUGGAAAUGAGAUGCUGGAGAUCCAAGUGUACAAUUACAGCAAAGUCUUUUCCAACAGACUGGUGGGGACUUUCUGUAUGGUGCUUCAGAAGGUGGCUGAGGAGGGACACUUAGAGCUCACGGACACACUCAUCGACGAUAACAACACAUCAAUAAAGACCAGCGUUACCAUAGAGAUCAGAUACCAGUCUAUGGAUGGCACUGUGGGAGUUUGGAGCGACGGGGAGUUCCUGGAUGUUCCUGAUGACCGUGACGGCAUGUUUGCCUUUGAAACGGACAGCUUGCUGUCUGGACAAAGCCACAGUUCAGUGACGUCUCCUGGACGAUCCUUACAGGGAUCCAUACCAACUUUCAGGAAAGCGGGCAAGGGAGUUUUCUCAGCCAUGAAGCUCGGCAAGAUCAAGAGCUCUAAAGAUGACCACAGGAAAGGAGAUGAGCCGGCGGUCCUGGACAUGGAGGAUCUGGACAGGAAGGCGAUGCGUCUUGCUGGAUCACUGGACCCUGACACCAUCUCUCUCGCCUCUGUCACUGCCGUCACCACCAACGUCUCCAAUAAGAGGUCAAAGCCGGAUAUUAAGAUGGAACCGAGCUCUGGACGACCAGUGGAUUAUCAGAUCAGCAUCACGGUGAUUGAGGCCCGGCAGCUGAUAGGCCUUAACAUGGACCCGGUGGUGUGUGUUGAGAUUGGUGAUGAAAAGAAGUACACGUCUAUGAAGGAGUCCACCAACUGCCCGUACUACAAUGAGUAUUUUGUGUUUGACUUCCACGUCCCUCCCGAUGUCAUGUUUGACAAGAUCAUCAAGCUCUCAGUUAUUCACUCUAAAAAUCUUCUUCGGAGUGGGACAUUGGUGGGAACGUUUAAGAUGGAUGUUGGGACUGUUUACUCUCAGCCUGAACAUCAAUUUUACCACAAGUGGGCCAUCCUGUCUGAUCCUGAUGACAUAACAGCGGGGUGUAAAGGAUAUAUAAAGUGUGACAUCGCUGUGGUCGGGAAGGGCGACAACAUCAAGACCCCACACAAGGCCAACGAGACUGAUGAAGACGAUAUAGAGGGGAACCUCCUGCUCCCAGAGGGCAUCCCAGCAGAGAGGCAGUGGGCAAGAUUUUAUGUGAAGAUCUACCGCGCCGAGGGACUUCCUAAAAUGAACACCAGCAUCAUGGCUAAUGUGAAGAAGGCCUUCAUUGGAGAGAACAGAGACCUGGUGGACCCCUACGUUCAAGUGCAGUUUGCUGGGCAGAAAGGGAAGACUUCCGUCCAGAAGAGCAGUUAUGAACCCAUCUGGAACGAGCAGGUCAUCUUCACUGAGCUGUUCCCUCCGCUCUGCAAACGCAUGAAGGUCCAGAUACGAGACUCGGAUAAGGUCAACGAUGUUGCCAUAGGAACCCACUUUAUUGACCUACGCAAGAUAUCAAAUGAUGGUGACAAAGGUUUUCUGCCCACCAUGGGCCCAGCUUGGGCCAACAUGUACGGUUCCACCCGUCAGUACACACUGAUGGACGAGCACCAGGACCUGAAUGAGGGUCUUGGAGAAGGUGUGUCCUUCAGAGCUCGUCUCCUGCUCUCCAUCGCUGUGGAGAUCCUGGACACCACUUCACCUGAGAUCUUAAGUUCCACUGAGGUGCAGGGGGAGACUGUUUCUAACAUCUCAGAGAGCGCCACUGGGAAAAUAGAUGAGUUCUUCCUCUUUGGUUCCUUCCUGGAGGCCACCAUGAUCGACAGGAAGAUUGGUGACAAAGCGAUAAGCUUUGAAAUCACAAUAGGUAACUAUGGCAACCAGAUAGAUGGUGUAAGCAAGCCUUCAUCAGCAAAGAAGAAGAAGAAGGAUGGGGAGAGUGAAGAAGAGGAAAACGAGCUCAUCCAGAACUCCAGCGAGGAUGAGGCAGACGAGGACGGGGACCUGGUCUCUGUCUCCUCCACUCCUCUAAUGAAGCCUGUCAUCACCGACAGGAAUUACUUCCAUCUUCCCUACUUUGAAAAGAAACCAUGUGUCUACAUCAAAAGCUGGUGGCAGGACCAGAGAAGGCGACUUUACAACUCCAACAUGAUGGACAAGAUUGCUGACAAGCUGGAAGAAGGUUUGAAUGAUGUUCAGGAGAUCAUUAAGACAGAGAAGGCCUUUCCAGAGCGCCGACUCAGGGGAGUGCUGGAGGAGCUCAGCAUUGGCUGCAGUCGGUUUGUGAUGCUGGCUAACAAGGAUGUGAAUCAGGCAGGCCGAACCAAACUGGAUCGAGAGCGGCUCAAGUCCUGCAUGAGAGAGAUGGACAGCAUGGGCCAGCAGUCCAAGCAGAUCAGGACUCAGGUGAAGAAAAACACAGUCAGAGACAAACUCAAGCUGGUGCAGAACUUCCUACAGAAGCUGCGUUUCCUGGCUGACGAGCCUCAGCACAGCAUCCCAGAUGUUUUCAUCUGGAUGAUGAGCAACAACAAGCGCGUCGCCUACGCCCGGAUUCCUUCCAAAGACAUUCUGUACUCCAUAGUGGAUGAGGAAACAGGAAAAGACUGCGGCAAAGUCAAAGCUGUCUUCCUCAAGCUGCCUGGCAAGAAGGGGUUCGGUCCUGCAGGUUGGACGGUUCAGGCUAAGCUAGAGUUGUAUCUGUGGCUUGGCCUCAACAAGCAAAGGAAGGACUUCCUCAAUGGUCUGCCUUGUGGUUUCGAAGAGAUCAAAGCCGCUAAAAUGGGCCCCGGUCUUCAGUCCGUCCCUCCUGUCAGCCUCGUCUACAACAUGAAGCAGGUGUUUCAGCUGCGAGCACACAUGUACCAGGCACGCAGUCUGUUUGCCGCUGACAGCAGUGGCCUUUCAGAUCCCUUUGCCCGGGUCUUCUUUUCCACACACAGCCAGGUUACUGAGGUCUUGAGCGAGACUCUUUGCCCUACGUGGGACCAGCUGCUGGUGUUUGACGAUGUGGAGCUGUUUGGGGAGGCCAGCGAGCUGAGAGAUGACCCACCCAUCAUUGUAGUUGAAAUCUAUGACCAGGACACUGUGGGCAAGGCAGAGUUCAUAGGUCGGACGUUUGCAAAGCCCACCAUCAAGAUGUGUGAUGAGUACUACGGCCCCCCGAGGUUCCCACCACAGCUGGAGUACUACCAGGUUUACCGAGGGAACAGCACUGCCGGGGAACUGCUGGCUGCCUUUGAGCUUCUGCAGAUACCUUUCGAUGAGGAGGCGAUUAGGCGAGCUCUGAUCGCUGUCCAUAACUUUGCUGUCCCUCAAAUAAAGAUCGGUCAAGGAGGGAGGGCAGAUCUUCCUCCCCUUGAAGGGCCGACAGACUCAGAGCGUGGACCCAUUCUACCUGUGCCGUUGGGCAUCCGCCCAGUCCUGAGUCGCUACCGCAUCGAGGUUUUGUUCUGGGGCUUAAGGGACCUGAAGAGGAUUAACUUGGCUCAGGUGGAUCGGCCCCGUGUGGACAUAGAGUGUGCAGGUAGAGGUGUGCAAUCUGUCCUCAUCCAGAACUACAAGAAAAACCCCAACUUCAGCACCCUGGUUAAAUGGUUUGAGGUGGACCUUCCAGAGAAUGAGCUUCUACACCCUCCUCUCAACAUCCGGGUGGUGGACUGCCGGGCGUUUGGCCGUUACAUCUUGGUGGGGUCCCAUGCUGUCAGCAGCCUGAGACGUUUCAUCUACACGACCCCAGACAAGACCUCCAACAACUGGGCCACUGCAGCUAAGCUAAUGAAUGGCUACAUGGUCCUUACCAAUGGCGGCUCCCAGCCUCGCUCCUCACCCAGCCUUUCCUCCCGCACCCUCUCUCGCCCCGCAGGUGACAUCAUCAUCAACAUGGACACAGACCCUUCAGUCCGAAAGAUGGACACAGUGGUCAAGUUAGACGCUAUGUCUGACGCUGUUGUAAAAGUUGACAUGACUGAGGAGGAGAGUGACAAAGAGAAAAGGAAGAAGAAGAAGAAAAAGAAGGGAGGUGUGGAAGAAGAGGAGGAGACAGAUGAGAGAGUGCUGGACUGGUGGUCCAAAUAUUUUGCUUCAAUAGAGACACUGAAGGAGACUCUCAGAGCCCAGGAAGCAGCUCAGGCUGAGGCGGAGGAGAGAGAGGACUUGGAGAUAGCUGCAGAGGCAGCAGAUAUCAAACCUGAUGACCUUCUUCUGAAAGGCUCCAAGACAAAGGAAAAGAGCAAAGAGAAGAAGAGCUCCAAGGACAAGAAGAAAGGUCAGGCUGCAGACAGCUCAGAGAAACGACCGGUUAAAGCAAAAGUGGAUGAGCUGUUGGUGUACAACAAGGAGCUGGAGAGUGAGUAUGGCAACUUUGAAGACUGGCUCCACACUUUCAACUUGUACAGAGGAAAGGCCGGGGAUGACGAUGAACAAGCUCUGGAUGACGACAGGAUCGUUGGCAGAUUCAAGGGAUCCUUAUGUAUGUACAAGCUACCUCUGUCCGAGGAGAUCACAAGGGAGGCAGGAUUUGAUCCUAAUAUGGGCAUGUUCCAGAACAUUCCCCACAACGAUCCAAUCAACGUCCUUGUCCGUGUCUAUGUGGUCAGGGCUACAGAUCUUCAUCCUGCUGAUAUCAAUGGGAAGGCUGAUCCAUACGUUGUCAUCAAGUUGGGCAAGUCAGAGGUCAAAGACAAAGAGAACUACAUCUCCAAACAGCUCAAUCCUGUAUUUGGCAAAUCAUUCGACAUCGAGGCCACUUUCCCAAUGGAGUCCAUGCUAACGGUGUCUGUGUACGACUGGGACCUGGUGGGCACCGAUGACCUGAUUGGAGAGACAAAGAUCGACUUGGAGAACCGUUUCUACAGCAAAUACAGAGCCACCUGCGGCAUUUCAUCCAACUAUUCUGUCCAUGGAUACAAUGUUUGGCGGGACCCUAUGAAGCCCAGUCAGAUCCUGAUGAAGCUCUGUAAGGAAGGCAAGAUCGAUGGACCUCAUUAUGGGCCAGGAGGCAAAGUCAAGGUGGCGAAUCGAAUCUUCCUGGGACCUACAGAGAUCGAGGAUGAAAAUGGUCUGAAGAAACAGACUGAGGAGCAUUUGGCUCUGAAAGUGCUGAACCACUGGGAGGAGAUCCCCAGGGUGGGCUGCAAGCUCGUCCCUGAGCACGUGGAGACCAGACCCCUGCUGAACCCCGACAAACCCGGCAUCGAACAGGGACGUAUUGAGAUGUGGGUGGAUAUGUUUCCUAUGGACAUGCCUGCUCCUGGACCUGCGAUUGACGUAUCACCACGGAAACCAAAGAGAUAUGAGCUCAGGGUGAUUAUUUGGAAUACAGACGAAGUAAUACUGGAGGACGAUGAUUACUUCACUGGGGAAAAGUCCAGUGACAUAUUUGUCAGGGGCUGGCUGAAGGGGCAGCAGGAGGACAAGCAGGACACAGAUGUACACUAUCACUCCCUGACUGGUGAGGGCAACUUUAACUGGCGCUUUGUCUUCCCCUUCGAUUACCUCAUGGCUGAGGAGAAGAUUGUCAUCUCAAAGAAAGAGUCCAUGUUCUCCUGGGAUGAGACUGAAUAUAAGAUCCCUCCCCGCCUCACGCUCCAGGUCUGGGACGCCGACCACUUCUCUGCCGAUGACUUCCUGGGUGCGAUUGAGUUGGACCUGAACCGCUUCCCUCGUGGCGCCAAGACAGCCAAGCAGUGUUCACUUGACAUGAUCCGAAAUGAGCAAGAGCUGCCCACCAUUUCCAUCUUCAAACAAAAGAGGGUGAAAGGCUGGUGGCCGUUUGUAGCCCGAGAUGAGAACGAUGAGAUGGAGCUCACGGGUAAGGUAGAAGCUGAGCUUCAUCUGGUGACAGCAGAAGAGGCGGAGAAAAGUCCUGUCGGACUUGGACGAAAUGAGCCUGAUCCACUGGAGAAACCAAAUCGCCCAGACACCACCUUCCUGUGGUUCCUGAGCCCGCUGAAAGCCAUCCGCUACCUGGUGUGCAACCGCUACAAGUGGCUGAUCAUCAAGAUCGUGGUGGCCCUGCUGCUGCUCAUCAUGCUGGGCCUCUUCCUCUAUAGCAUGCCGGGCUACCUUGUCAAGAAGCUGCUGGGGGCCUGAGAGGCUGCUGGGAGGACUGGGAGGGAGGUGGCCAGCCGCACAGAUGGGAAGAUGGAUGGGGGGGAGACAAGUACGAAAAGUCUCCCUCAGUGUCACCCGCAGGAAGGGAGGCAGAGGGAGGAUCUGAUCGUCAUAAAGCAGCUCGCCACCUUCCACCUUAGCUCUGAGGAGAGAGGCAGACCCUAACUGUCUGCUCCUCUAUCCAAUCUGCAGCCAGCCUAACAAAUCUAAUGCUCAGUAUCUGGACUCCAUCCUUGAACUGACUAAAAAGCAAUCAUUCGCCACAAAGUAACCCCUUCUUCUUUUCAAGCAAUGUUACUUGACUAUGAAUGUUUCUUCAUCGGUUCACACAGCUUAUUAAGCUAAAUUGUGUCAGUGGUCAGACGAUUGCAUGGACGUUCAUUUCAAGUGAUGCUUUAAGAUCUCCCAUUACUGCUACAAUGUCUGCUGUUGAUUUUGGUAAAUAAAUAAAUUAACAAUGUUUGCAUAAACCCCCUUCCCCUGUUUAGCAUUUGUAAGCACUAUACAUUGUUAGUUAAGCAGAUAUAACAACAUUUAUUAAUGUACAGAAUUCUUUAACAAUUAUAACUUCAACUGUGAAGACAUAUUUUAUAUUAUUUCGCCUGUGUUUGACUGUAUUUUCAUUCAUUAUCUGUACACCAAUCAGCCUCCAAUUCCAAAUGGAGACAAGAGGAGUUAUAGUUGUUCACAAAUUCAUUACUUAACACUUGUAUCUGCAUAACUGCAUUAUUAUUAUUUAUUACAUCUUUAUAUACUGCUUAUAACUGCUGGGGGGGGGUUAAAGCAAAGUUUUACCUUUUUUUUUAAACUAUUAUAGCUCUUGCGGUCUUUGCACACUUCAAGAAUAAUAAUGAAGAAACAAAAAUAAAGAUGUCUAUUUUCCUAAUGAAAUUCAGUGAGACACAGAACAAGUUGACUUCAAUAUUAGUUAAAUAAUGAAUAAGCGUUCUACAGGGUUUAGUUCAACGGCGAUGCUAAAUGUUUAAUCUCUUGGCUCAAAGCAACUGAACCAGACUUUGGUCAAACAUUAUUUGCAAAUAAUUAAAAUUUUAAAAAAUUGUAUCCCAUUUUUUAAAUUAUUAAUAUGCAGACCAGACUAUGAGCGUGUAAAUGCUCUUCAGUUCACUGUGCUACUGAUAAAACCCUCACAAGAGAUAGAUAGAUAAAAUGAAUUAUUUGCAAAUAUCAUAUGACUGAGUCUGAUUUGAAAGUCCUCAAAAAUAAUACUUCAAGGUUAUUACUGUUUUCUACCAAAAUGUAGACUUAUAUGUCAAUAUGCAUGCAUCAUUGUGAUAACUGACCACAGAGGUCAUGUGUGUUGGCAUGACUUGUCUUUCCAGCUCGACACAAACCAAAUCACCAACCGUGUUAUCUUUAAUAUUACAGAUAAUAUGGAAAUAUGAUUAAAGUGCACUUGAGUGGAGUGGUAAAAAGGGGCCUGGGUUGAUUCUCAAACCUCUGGCCACAGCUUCGUGUCGGAUGCUGUUGUUUGCAGUGUCCAUUACUCAAUCUCAAAUUUGCCUGUGCUUGACCUCAUUUGUGUUGCAGUCUUUGUUUGUGAUUAUGUGUUUCACCAGUUAAUGUUUGCACUAAACUUGCCUGUUUUUACAAUGAAAUUGUGUUUAUAAAUCUGUUGAAAUGUGUGCAAUAUUUAUUAUCUGUCUGUUUUGGCAAUUUGAAAUAAACUGAAUUCCAUGGACAA